AAUGAUGAGGCAAUGUAAAUGCAAUCUCCUCCUGUAAUGUCAGAGUGGGGGCAACACUCAAUACAAAGUUUGCAGUUGAAAACGUCAUAUCUGAGGGGAAUCUUCUCGCACAGAAAGUAAUUCACAAGAAAAGGCGAGCAUGGAGAAAAAAAUCCGAGAGAAUUAUUCAGAGCACUCGAGAAGUGGAAAUGGAAGGUUCUGAUGAUUUGUGGUGGUGAAGAAGACGCAUAUUUGGACUGUAGAGGGGAGGAUUCAUUUUGUUUGUCUCUUCUCUUAGAAGGAUGUGUGUAGAAACAAGGCUGCAAGAGCCAACAGCAGAUUACCUUGUUUUUGUUUAGCAGGAAAAUGUGUGAAAGCUGCUUCCUGUGAUUCUUCCAUGGAGGUUGCAAGGGUAAAGGGGAUUUUUUGGGGGGUUUUGUGCCUGGUAUUGGUGGGCAGAGUGGAAUGCAGGGUGGAAGUGGAAGCUUUGAUGGAAAUGAAGGCGGCUAUGGAUCCUACUGGGACUGUUCUUCGUACAUGGGUUGCGGAUGGAGACCCUUGCAGUGACACUGUUUUUGAAGGUGUCGCUUGUAAUGAAUGGGGCAAAGUUGCGAAUGUUUCUUUGCAGAGCAAAGGGCUCUCUGGUGUUUUGAGCCCGGCUGUUGCUAAGCUCAGGUGCCUCAAUGGUCUCUAUUUGCACUAUAAUAAGCUGAGAGGAGAGAUACCCAAGGGAAUUUCAAAUCUUACGGAGCUUGUUGAUCUUUAUAUCAAUGUCAAUAUGCUCAACGGCACCAUUCCUCCGGAGCUUGGUUCAAUGUCCAGCCUUCAAGCUUUACAGCUUUGCUGCAACCGGUUGAACGGUUCGAUACCCGAGGAGUUGGGAAACUUGAAGAAGCUUACCAUGCUUUCGAUGCAUAAUAAUCAAUUGACGGGAAGCAUUCCGUCUUCUUUGGGGAAGCUGAGUGCGCUCACUAGGUUGGAUAUCAGCUCAAAUUAUCUCAGUGGAGAGAUUCCUCAAGCUCUCGUAAAUCUGAAGCAGCUCACAGAUUUGGACUUGCAUAAUAAUAGUCUCUCCGGCUCUGUACCUCAGGAACUGAAGGAUCUGAAACUAUUCCAAUAUAACAACAACUUAGAGCUUUGUGGAUACAAUUUAUCGAGUCUUCCGCGGUGUAACGUGUCAAAUCCGUCAGAUGCUGCAAAGCCCAUGGGUACAGGGACAGUGAACGUUACUUCAGAUCCAGUCGCUGUGCCUAAAAUAACAGAGCCUCCAAACCUGGCCUCAAGCUGCCAAAAUUGCUCAUCAUCUUCUUCGCCGGGGACCAAAAUAGGCAUAGUCUCAGCAAUCGUAGCAGUGGUUUUCGUGGCAAUAGUAGCUGUUGCUUCCCUAGCUUUUGCGUUGUACAGAAGGCGGAAACAAAAGAUCAGCAGUGCAUUUGAGACUUCUGACGGCAGACAUAGUGCUGACCAGCUAUACCAUUACAAGGACGACUUCAGCAGAAAAUGCUCUUCUCCGUUGGUUCUUCUAGAGUAUUCCAGCGACUGGGAUCCGUUGGAAGAUGGAGGGACUGGAAUGGGAUGUUUCAGAUUCAACCUUGAUGAAAUCGAGCAGGCAACAAAUUAUUUUUCAGAUAAAAAUCUACUGGGAAGGAAUGGGUUUUCAAGCGUUUUCAAGGGAGUUUUAAGAGAUGGAAGCGCAGUUGUCGUAAAAUGUAUCAGCAAGGCCAGCUGCAAAACUCAUGAUAUUGAAUUCCAGGAAGGUCUGAAGACUUUUAUGCAGAUUCGACAUGAAAAUGUGGCAAAAUUACGGGGCUUUUGCUGCUCCAAAGCCAGAGCAGAGUGUUUUUUGGUCUAUGAGUAUCUUGAUAACAGAACUCUGCUCCAUAAUUUAGAUUCAGAGAGCUGUGGUGGACUGGCCUGGCCUACCAGAGUAAGGAUUGCAUGUGAUGUGGCCAAAGCAAUCGAGUACCUGCACGAAGGCCUUCCAGAGCCAAUCGUGCAUCAAAAUAUUUCAGCUGCAAAUAUUCUGCUUGAUCAGGAGAACAAACCUUAUCUUUCGGAUUGUGCCUUGCACAGAAUCUUGGCGGACGACAUAGUGUAUUCCCUCCUAAAAUCCUCAGCAGCCAUGGGAUAUCUGGCGCCAGAGUAUGCAACUGUAGGGCGCUUGACACUCAAAAGCGAUGUAUUUGCCUUCGGAAAAGUAAUCUUCCAGCUUCUCACUGGAAUAACCAAAAACAAUAAUUCGUCUUUGCCUCACAGUACUAUUAAAUCACUAGUGGAAUUCAGCAAAGUUGAAGACUUCAUUGAUCCAAGCCUCAAUGGUCAAUUUUCGGUUGUGCAAGCCAUGAAUCUAGCUAAAAUUGCACUGGCUUGCACUAACGAGGUUGCGGACCAAAGGCCGUCCAUGAGCACGGUGCUUCACAGGUUUGAAUCAGAAAUUAACCAAGAAAUGCUGGGUAUUUGUUAAAUAUUUAGAUUUAGGUAUUUCGUGCUGGAUUUGUUGUAAAAUAUUGAAUUUUACAGCCUUAACAGUUUUGUGUGUAAGACCAGGAAAGUUCGUUGACAAAGAACAGUAAAAUUCAACCUGUACAUUUCAAGUUAAAAAUCUUUUCUUCAAUUAAGUAGGCCUCAGCCUCUUAUCUUCA